GCCACCCCUUAUCUCCUAGAUUUCUUCGGCCCCAUCCCCAUCGCACGGAUCGUGUUUGUGAUUUGAUUUUGCUAUUUCCAUAGUACCUUGAUCUAUUUCCAUUAAUUAGCUCUACUAGGAAUCUAAUUUUUCCCGACAGGGAAUAUAAAUAGCCGACAGGUUUCAGUGAACCGUCGGCCUUUUCACCCAUAGCAGACUGUCUAUUAAAUCCCCUGCAGCUGAAGUCAUCCACUCAACUAUGAGUCCUAAAUACCGACGGUUUUCUGCAAUUCCCGACGGGCAACAAAAUGCACACAUUUAUAAGAUGUGUUACCCGACUGUGGUGAGUAUUAGCUGACAGUGGAAGAGUAGCACUCCGUUAUUUGACUAAAUAGCCGACGGUUGAAGGUGACACACUCGGCUAUUUAGCUAGAUAACCGACAGUUAGGGUGGAACACUUGGUUAUUUGUCUAGUUAACCGACGGGUUCACCAACCACUAGGGCAUUUGAUUUUAUAGCUGACAGUGGAAGAGUAGCACUCGGUUAUUGGACUACAUAGUCGACAGUUGAGGGUGACACACUCAGCUAUUUGUCUAGAUAACCGACAGUUAGGGUGGAACACUCGGUUAUUUCUCUAGUUAACCGACGGGUUCACCAACCACUAGGGCAUUUGACUUCAUAGCUGACAGUGAAAGAGUAGCACUCGGUUAUUGGACUACGUAGCCAACGGUUGAAGGUGACACACUCGGCUAUUUAGCUACAUAACCGACAGUUAGGGUGGAACACUUGGUUAUUUGGUUCAUGAGUCCUGACUAUUGCAAUAUUUAGUUUGCAUGUUCGUUGGGAGAAAAUCAUAGAGAAUCUAGAAGCACUCUUUCUUUUGCGACUCGCCAUACUUAUUUUUAUCCAUUAAUUUAGUUAUAUGGUAAAUUAUGCUAUGCCAAUUCCAUUUAUCAUUACUGUUUUUCCAAUUAAUCAUGUUACUAACAUAACAAUGUUCUCUGGUAUUAAAAAAAACACAGCUAUGUUCAAUACACUAACUUACAGAAUAUUUUCCUUUGGAAAGGAACGAUUUGAGACUGGAAUGGAAAAUACUUACAGGGAAAAUUGGCAAGAGGAGCAUCCAAAAUUGGAUGGAUCCAUCAUUUAUGAAACAACAGUAAAAAUGCCACAUGGCAGGCUUGGAAUUGCCAAUGAGGCAUUUAACAAAAUCGACAAAUCUAUUAUUAAGUCAACAAGUAUCAAGGUACCACGGCCUGUAGAAUGUGGUACCAAUGAGCUUGAGUGGCGCCGUCUGGAGAAUGAAAAUCGUCAUCAGCGGCAGGACAACAAGAAGAUGCGAUGCAUGGAACAUGUUCUACGGAAUCUUGGGUCAGACCGAGGACUGGACUUUGAUGGCUUAAUGGAGGAAGCAGAACAUGAAUAUGACAAUUCAGAUCCAGAAUAUUUGUAUAGAGAUGAUAAUGAUGAUGGAACUGAACCGGGCACUGGAAGCAGAAAUGGAGGUGGUGGUGAGGAUGGCACUGGAGGCGGGGCUGAUGAUGGAGAUUUCUUAGACUUCUUGGACGAAGAUGGCGCAAACUGAUCUUAUCACGGUCCAUCUUGCAAAGGGAUCGAUGUUUCAAGCUCUUCAGGAUGAACUGUUGUUUAAUCAGCUACCUUAUCACAUUUCCACAUUGUCAAGACAGACGAUUGAAGAUUCUAUGUAGUUUUUCAUGAUGGAACCAACUCUCAUUAGACUUGUGAGACAUAUGUACUUCGGUUAUUUGGGCUUCAAUUAUAUCUUUUGCUCAAUUUGAAAUGUGA